AUGAAAAAAUGCAUCAAAUGCCAUAAUCAUUCUGUCUGUCAUAAUCAUGGAAAAUAUAAAUUAGUCUCAAAGGAUCAAUUGCACAAAACAUUAUGGCUAAAUGACUAUGUUGUCAACCAUUACAGACCUCCAUCAAUGACUCACAAAAUGUGCGCGAAAAGCGCAUUCCAUAUCAAUAAUGAGACAAUCAACAUUUGGAGUCAUUUUAUCGGUUUCAUUUAUUUCACUUAUCAACAAUAUUAUACGAAUUAUGUGGUUAUUCCGGCGAUCGGCUCAAAUCCGUCGGACCAUAUCGUGUUCACAUUAUCGAUAUUUGGAAUGCAGUUGUGUAUGCUGCUUUCUGCCGGAUAUCACACAUUCGGAUGUACGAGCAUCGAAACCAGACAGAAGUGUCUAAAAAUGGACAUUUUCGGGAUAUCCGCCGGCCUACUCGGAAUGUAUUUAAACGGAAUUUACACCGCAUUCUUCUGUUUCGAAGAAUGUUUGAAUUCGUACAUCUACGUUUUAUUCGGAAUAUUUCUGAUAACUGCUUAUGUGCCAACAAGGCAAGAUUUUUUCGAAAAGAAAAUUGUUGGAUCACGUGUUGGAUUAUUGCACAUUAUCUACUGUAUCAUUAUCACAUUCGGUAUUUGUCCAACAAUUCAUUGGGUGAUUCUGCAUGGCGGAUUUGAGAACAAUCAUGUAACAAAAUGGUUCCCAAACAUAAUUGUGUUGUAUACAAUGAUUGCCACUGCGUUCAUUUUCUACGUUUCCAUGAUGCCUGAACGGAUUUGGCCCGGCAAAUUCGACGUUGUCGGCUGUUCGCACCAAUGGUGGCACCUAUUCAUUCUGGCAGCGAUGAUCUAUUGGCAGAAAUCGGGAAAUGAGCUCCUAACCGAAUAUCGACUUUACACCGACAGCUGCCAUCGAAUAUUGUAUCCGAAUGCGACACUAGUCAAUUUAUAG